UAAAGGCAUCGCUGGUGAUAAGUACCAGCCGCCAAAGACAAUGUAAAACCGGCCACAACCAAUCGAAGCUCGCCGAUCAUAACGAAUAACAACAACAAUAACAUUAGUAUUAGAACACCAAGCGAAAGCCCCAGGCCGGCAUCAAGACUAGGCCGGGUUGAAGGAGUAAAGGUGACUGCUUCUGCAGUAAAAGCGUAAGCAAAGGCUUCCAAUGCAGAGCGCCUCGGUAUUCGUGCCCGAUAUUCAGAAGCGAACGCCCCGAGUGCAGAUACUUACUAAACACGGAUAUUGUCUUCAACAAUAGUAUACCAAACAUAUGUGUGCCAUGUGCUUCGCAGUUAUGAGUGUGAUGAUUAUCAUCGUCCGUCAAUUAGCCCUGAUCAAGUGAAAAUCAGAGACUUCAUACAAAACAUAUUUAGGGCAAUUGGAAAAUUGCCGGAUAUGACCAGUGCAUUUUUUGUUUCUAGUUCUUUGGAAAAUUAAAGUAUUUGUCCGUAGGGGUUCGUUAUGAUCGCACACCCACGAGGACCAAGUAACCUGGGGGGUUUGACCGGAUCCAUAAGUGAAAUUUAAUUUUUCACGGCAAUAUCUCAAGCGGUUCAAAGCCGAGCAUCUUCUUGCAAAACACAUUGUAUUCUAUAAACAAAAGUAGAGUUAGUAGCGGUUGAUAGAUUGUGCAGUUAGACAUCCCGACCUGGUCGAACGCCCGAGUUCCAAACUCAAAGCCACGGACUCGUCUGCAUUUCGUUGGUGCUUUUCCCGAGCUUUUUUAUUUUUGGUUAGAAAGAAUAAACAGUAUAAAACAUCCUCUUGGGCCAUCUGUGCCCGACCUUGGCCUCUGCCCCGGGUGUACCCCUUUGGGCGUUUUAGAGCGGAGAGUUGAAGAAGACACGCGCUAGCCCACAUCUGGCAGCCGAAUCAGCAACAACGACAACCAUCCCACUUCCUGAGAGACCGCAAAAACGAAUCCAUUUUAAUUUGCGACAGCGUAUACAAAUCUUCUCGCGAAUGAAUCGGAGUGAAGGAAAAUUUGAAGAUCAUUGCUGACGCCUUCACAAGAAAUUACUAACAGCAACAAUAGCUGAAGCAAGAGCUGUUACCAGUUUGCAUGUACGAAGCAUUCUAUAUUAGUGUGUGAAAGUGUUGUCCAAGUUGUUUGAAACGUGUUGGCGUUAAAAAACCUUUACCAUCAAGCCAACUGUUUAACGGCCACCUGGACUCAUAUAGCAUUACACAUCUGUAAUAUGUUGAAUUUCGUGAUGGUAACGCAAACGAAGCUACUUAUUGGCAUUGAUUCAUGUCAUUAAGGAUCGCAAACCUAAUCGUUGGAAUACGCACUGAAGAUUCUUUGCCUCCGCUCCUAUGGUGUCCUGGAGUGGUGGACUUUGACCAAGAAAAAAAAGGAACAGUGAAUGCAGAAUGUUUGGUAGUGGUAGGCAGCAGCCGGAAAUUCAAACAAUCGACGGAGCCGAUUGAGAUAGCGAGGGCAUCGUUCGGAUUGCUGAAUCUGGAAUUGUCUUCACUUCUGGCCGUUUAGACUCUACUGGCUAAAAUGGCAACCGAGUUGCAUCCAGUUCCCGAGUUCUCGACAUUCGCCGCCCACGUACCUGACAUCAUCCGGCCAAAACCGCGUAGGCUAAGCGAUGUCCGACAGAGUCACGGUCCAAUGGCAUUCAUCGUCGUCGGAGGUGAUCGGUGUGUCGUGCCAGCAUCUCAGAUUCGAGCCCCCGGCGACGGAGCUGCUCCGGGAUCUACAAGCACAGCCAGCAGCUCACAGUUUCCUGAGCUGAACUGCGCUGACCUGGAAAACGACGUGUUCCGGGAGGACACCGCCACCGAUGACAUGGUCGAAUGCACUCCCCUAAAGUCGCAACGGCCUCUACAGAGAAAUCUUGCUGGAGGGUCAGCACCCGCACUUCACCGACCUCGCCCACGUUCAACGAGUCGUCCUCGACCUCAUACGCCGCAUGCAGGCGCCUCCACAGGAUCGGCAACACCCUCUUCAUGUUCGUCAUCAACGCGUUAUUCGCCAUCGAACGGACGGCAGAGACGCACUCCCGUUUCUGGCAGCAGAAACAGCAACACAGCCUGUGGGAGCCUCGUAGCUAAUCGUGAGAAAUUUGCUGGCUUGGAGGUUAUCAGUGGCUGUAAAAAUGGUAGCGUUGGCAUGUACACAGCACGUGCAGGCGUAGCUGGUGACGGUGCAGAUUUCGAGACAGGCGGCAAUCAAGAAACUAGCCCAUCUGAAGAUUAUGAUGUGUAUGAUAUAGACGUAACAAAAAUGCUUGUUAGUGUGGAGAGAAGAGCUGGCGGGAGCAGUAGCUUGAGUAACUCUGACUCGCUGAGCUCGACCGAAAAGGGUGAAGUACGACGCCGAUCUCUGCCGCAACGGAUGAAACAACGCAGAAGAAACAUACUCAGCUUUCCGCAAUCUCUUGAUCUUUUAUUGCAACAACAACAACAACAACAACAGCAACAACAGCAGCAGCAGCAGCAGCAGCAGCAGGAACAGCAGCAGCAGCAACAACAGAAACAGAAAAUAAGGUGCGACAGCUCCGGACAUGCUUCAAUGACCGAGAGCACAGCAAGCGACUACGCGCUCUUGCCGUGUGGAAAUGCCAAAGAAAUCGAAGGCUCCCAUAGCGCGAUCCCCUUUGAUCCAGAACAACUACUACAUAAGUUGAAUCUUUCUACCGGGAACGUUUCAUUGACAAAUAACGGCACAGCUAGGAGUCAGCGAAGCGCCGUCUCGACGGAUUCGGAUGAACAAAUCACCUGCACAAGCCUUCCUUCUGCCAAAAAAUCUUCUCCGAGGGCAUGCCAUCAGUCCAGUGUAGAAACCGUCGCAACAAAUAUUACUUCAAACGCAACGAACGACUUCGUUUGGCUGGAUCCGGCACUAGCAGCUACCGCAGCUCAACGGCUUCCUCCGCUUCAACGUCCUCCCUGGAACACAACUGAUCUUCAUCGUGUUAUAGAGAACUCUGCGAAGCUUCGGGAGUUUUUGCCACGUAUUUCAGGCGAUUCUCUUCCAAAGCUCGCCUUUCUGUUACAAAGGCCACUAUCAAGAAUUGCACGCGAGGCGCAACGGUUUGCGCGGGCUGUUGGAGUUUGUGGGAAAAGUGAGGUGAUAUCCGCUCUUUGGGUUGUGUUACCACCGUGGUUGGCAUAUGGUUGUGUUAAAGCAUGCCACCGUUCGGCAGCGAUCUUUGGAGGGGCAUUAUGCUCCCGUCAGUCGAAAUCGUCUCGGGCUGGCUUGUCUCUCUCAGUCGGAUUGUUUCAUCGCUGGGCGCUAGAUAAUUCACUCGGACUUUCAAUACCAGAGAUGGCUGCUGUAUUUCUAACAGCUUCCCUGGAGAACAUUUUCGAGGAAACUAUUCUAGCAAGCCUCAGGUGCUACGACAAACUAACCGCGGCAUCGCUGGACUCAGCGUUGUCCCAAAGCGGAGACCUCUUUGGUCUGUUCCAGCCAUAUGUACAGUUAAGCUCAUCAAGAAGUGCUCUCGGCGUUCCUGUGUUACCCCGUUGGCCUGUUCAGGUACCGACGAGGGGUGAUGAACACUCGAUGCUGACAACGUGCGUGGCUGGCCUUGCUGAACUUGAGGAGUUAAUAACGAAGGCACUACAUUUGUUAAAUAUGGCAAUGCGACCUGCCUGGGGCAACCAUGUGGUGAGAUGGUCUUCGGCAGGCACGCGAGCGCUUUUCCACUUCACACGAUGUUCCCAGUUGGAGCACUCUCAAACAACGACGUCCUCGUCGACCUCGAUUUCAGCGGGGAAUAUGAGUGGCAUUUCUGGGACGUUAUCAGCUUUGCACCUAACGCUUGGCGGUAUCGACGGCGUAAAUCCGUUGCUGUCCGACCAUGCGCGUUCACAGCCACUGCCGCCCCUGAUUGACUGGAUUCGAGUUGCGGCUGCAUUCGCUGUACAUCGGCAUAAUUCCUUUACGGUGGACGAUAACGACGUCCUUCAAGCAGCAAGGCUACUUCUGCCUGGCGUUGAUUGUCCAAUCCGGGCUUUUGGAAUCCAGCAAGAGCCUAUCGAAUUUCUACCCGAAAAGAUUGCGAGUGCCGAAGCAGUGCGUCUCAUGAAUACUCGAACCGCUUUGCGGCUAUUGGGAAGUUCAACCCGGCUGGAUGUUAUCCAGGGCGUUCUUAAACAGCUACCAAACGGAGUCAAUACGCUUAACGAAGAGGGUCUGAGUGCGUUGAUGAUCGCUGCGAUCCGGGGCGACGAGGCUUCCAUUAAGUGUCUUCUUUCGUCGGGAGCAGAUCCCGAAAUGACAACACCGAGAUGCACUAGCGCUUAUCCUGGGGCAAGACACGAGUGCAAUCUCUGGACAGCUUUAAGCUACGCCGCCGCGCACGGUCACGUUGGGGCAACCAAAGCUCUUCUCGAGAGUGGCGCGAACGUCGAAGGAGGAGGUGAUUCCCAACCCACCGAUACACCUCUGCAGCUAGCCACAGCCGCCGCCCACCAUGAUCUUAUCACGCUUCUAUUGUCCUUCGGAGCUCAUCCGUAUUUAGCGACAUCGACUGCGGACACACAAAGCUAUGCACACGGCGGGUUAGCCCGGAGCGGGUCACCGUCGCCUGUAGCGCUGGCCGCAGCACAUGGUCAUCGGGCCGUAUUGCAUCGAUUAGUAUCUCAUCCUCUACAGGGCUCAUCAGCCCAGACGGCCGUGUCGCUUGAGGAAAUCCUUUCAGAGGGAAGCCAGUCGACUCUGCAGAGGAAAACUCGCCAGUAUAAGUUCUCUAAAAAUCAGUGGAGGUGCUUGCAAGAGGCGAUGUACCAUAGUGCAGAAAAUGGCUUUCUUGAGGUUACGCUCGACCUUCGCAAUAUGGGAGUUCCGUGGACUUUGCAUAGUUGGAGCAAAUCUUUAGCAGCGUGCCAUGACGUGGGUCGUGAAAGUACGAUUGAAGAGAUUCUUCGAGAAUUCCAGUCAGCGUGGGUGCACGAUGGAGCCACCCAGUUGGCUGAGGAUACUGUUCCACUCCUCUUUAGUCUUUUUCGUUAUAGCAAGAAUGAAGGAGCCACACUUCUAGUGGCCGAUAUUUUGUCCCAGGUGUCGGCACUCUGCGGUGGUGGCGCCCCCCCUACACCGCUAGCAGCACCUUCACCCCCUGCAAUGAGCCCUCGAAUCGACGCUCGUUUCGUUAAUUCAGCCGAAAUGUCUGACGUUCGGUUCGUUGUGGAGAAUCGUCCAUUUUACGCACACAGAAUCAUCCUCGUUAACGCUUCACCCCGGUUCGCCGAGAUGCUUCACGCUGCUUCGGGUGGGGGAAGUGACCAGCUUGUGGCCAUCAAUGAUAUACGUUACCCGAUCUUCCAGAUGGUAAUGGAAUAUUUAUACAAAGGAGGAUUUGAGGGUUUAACGUACGUUUCCCCGCAAGAUUGUCUCGAGUUGCUCACAGCAGCUCACUAUUUCCAGUUAGAGCCACUCGUUGCGUAUUGUGAACACAUCUGCUCAAAGACGGUAACCAUGGAGAAUAUCGCUUCCGUUCUGACACAUGCAAGAGCGUAUCACGCACAAUAUCUGCUCGACUUUUGCCUUCGUUUUAUGCUCCAUAAUUUUGUAGCAUUGCUAAGUUACGAUGGCGAUGUUCGAAAAAUCAUUUUUAGUAGUAGUGACGACGAAGUUCUCGAAGGACUCAAAAGGACGUUACAGAAUAUGGUACGGUACAAAACGACCAAUCUAACCCAUCUCCCGAUGUUUGUGCCCGGCAAAAGUCCCAUCGUUUAAGUCUCUCCGAACAAUACUACAUUCGAUUGAGUUCAACUCAGCUAGCUUAUGCUAUAUAUUUCUUACAAUAUCUGUAUAAUGCAAAGUUAUUGUCUGUGUAUGUACAUAUACAAUAAAGUUAUCUAAUUGUAAGCACAGU